AUGAGGGAAAUUUUUGUUCUGGGGCACCAGCGCCACCGUCCGUCCCAGUAUACUUUAUAUAUAAGAUUGGAAGAUUAUUAAUAUAAUCUUAUGAAAAGCUUAUCAAUAAUAAAACUCAGGUUAUAACAUUGUCCUACUUACAUGUUAUUCAAUUCUCAGACUUUUCUAACUUAUUAUUCGAAAUAUCGCUCAUCAUAUCAUUCUCUCCAAUGGAAGGAUCUCGUGAGGAGGUUUCUCUAAAGGCUACAGUUAUUAAAUCGGAGACUACUAUUCCUGGUAUGAAUUAUGCAAUUGCUACUGAAAAUUACAAGUGUGACAAAUGUGAGUUUGAUACUAUUUAUUCUAGAGCUUAUCUAGAACAUAAAAGUGAAUAUCAUGGAGAAAAGCUCAAGAUCUACCACUGCCAUUAUUGUAAUUACUCAUCUGAAUAUGAACAUUCAUUGAAAAAGCAUAUGAGUAUAAAGCAUACAGACCUAAAAUAUAAUUAUACCUCAUCGUCAGAAACCGUCAAUAAUUUCAUUGGAAUUCCUCAUAAUAAUUUGAUGACCAAUAAUAAUAAUAAUAAUAUUAAACCUAACCAUAUUAAUAAAAAGAAGUUUAGCUGUACAUAUUGUGAAAAAUUUUCAACGAGUGAUAUUACCAAAAUUCGCAAACAUAUUCGAGGACAUCUUCAAAACAAAGGUGAUGGCUCUUGUAACUACAGUAGCUCGAACGAGACUGGAAAUGAAAGCUCUGUCACUCCAAAGAAAAGGCGAUCUCCGACGGAAUUUUCAACGUCCAACAAAAAAUUUUGUUCAAUAACUAGAAGAGCUGAAUUCGGAACUGUUUUACGGAAAAAACGUCGAAAAAGCUGUAAUAUAGAAAUUGGGAAAAAACCCAAUAAGAAGACUAAAAGGCGUAAUUCAAUUCAAUUUGGACCCAAAGAAGCAACAACUCAAAUUCACUGUAUGUAUUGCGAAUAUUCAAGUGUGAAUUGGUCUAAUUUUUUAUGUCAUAAGAGCAAUCAUCAACCAGGUCUAGGACAAUUCAAAUGCAUUGAAUGCUCAUUUAACAAUCCUAAGCAAUACGUAGUAAAAAGGCAUUACAAUACAUAUCACAAAUCAAAAGGUAUUCAGUUAGGACCAGAUUCAUCUGUCUGUAUAGUCAACGAGGAAGAUGUAAAUAAAAAGGAGGCAACGAAAGAUAUCAAUGAUGAGAAUCUGAAGAAAGAGGAAGAAGAAUCUUCACCUAAUAAAGAAGUUUCAAAUAACGAGCUACAUCAAAAUGAUGUAUUUAACUUUCAAAUGCAACUUUCUGAACCUGAGGAUGAGAAAAAAGUUAAUGAAAAAUCGAUUAAUAAUAUACGCCGGGACUUUUUUCGCUGCAAACUAUGCUAUAAAGUUAAAUUUGGUUGCUACUCUAAUGCCUUAAACCAUGUCAGAACGAAGCACAACAACAAUAAAAAUCUAAUCACAAAGCACGAGGACUUAAGUCCGAAAAAGCAAAAUCUUAACUGCCUAGAAUGUCCAUUUGUUGCUCGUACGGCUGUACAGCUCUCAAAACAUAAGGAACUGCACAAGAAAAUUCCAGGAUAUAUUAAAUGCAGAUAUUGCUCAUAUAACGUUAAAGUAAAAUAUGCUUUGUAUGUUCAUGAGCAACUUCACACGACAAGUGAUACGGAGCAGGAAGAAUCGAAUGAAGAUCAAGAAACUGAUGUAUAUCAAGAAAAUAAAGAUUCUGUUGAAAAGCUGGAUGAAGAUGAUAAAGUGGGUUAUUCUAAACAAUUCUCAGUGAGAUUAAGAGCAAAAGCUAGAACAAUUGGAAAAGUAACAAAAAUUGAAAAGCAAUAUUGCUCUAAUUGCCCUUUCUCAACCAUCGACGCAGAAGCUUUUGAAGAUCAUAUACUGCGUCAUGAAAACGAGCUUGCCUCUGAGUUUGAAUGUAGCGAUUGCUCAUAUGCAGGAAAAUCACGACAAGACCUGACGAAACAUUCGAAGCUUCAUGAGAAGGAGUUUAACGCAAACAAUGGUGAAUUUGCCUGUGAAAAGUGUCCUUACGCAACGAAAAUUCAAGAAAGAAUUAUUAGACACUGUUCGUUGCAUGGUGCGACGUCGUUACGAUAUGGAUGUCAAUUUUGCAGCUACUUCUCCGUCAAUAUUCAAUUUCUGAAGGAGCAUAGCAAAUUGCAUUCAAAGCCUUCAGAUCAUUUGGUAUAUACUCAUUCAAUAGAAGCUUUAAAGAAUGCCGCUAAGAGAGCUAUGAUAUACAAUAAAGAUGAUAAGAUGUUUCAUGACGAGCUACAGCUAUAUGAACAUAGUUCAGUCUAUAGCAGACCAACUACAGGUGUUUCUCAGGCAUGUACUCUAUGCCCUUAUAUAGCAAUUGAUUCAAGUGAUCUUGUUGAACACCAGAAAGGCCAUAGUUUGGAUACUACUUCACCUUUUAGAUGCUUCGACUGUAAUUUUGGUGCAACAACCAGAUCAAGUUUUCUAAAACAUGUCCUUUGUCAUUCCAUUUGUGAUGUUGAUCGUUUAUAUGACCUUUUGAUGCAGCAGGAAAUCUCGGGUAUAUCUAAACCUAUCCCACCCUUUAAAGCUUAUCAAAUGGGUAGAGCCGCAAUGGCACUUUCGGAAAAUCAUUCAAUGGAAGAUUGGAUUGUAGCAAUGAAAAAAUGUUAUUAG